AUGAAUCAAAGCCGAUCAAAUUACGAGCAAUGGGUCCUUGCUUGCAAGGAGGAGCUCCAGUCCGAGGGAGUCAUUGAUGGCUUGACCCAGGAAGCUCCCAUCGAUCCUGAUUCGAUCUCUGACAACGACGAACUUGAUUCACAUGUCAAAGCCUGGCUUUUGGACUACGAGGAAGAGCCUCAAGGUGGGUUCUCAGGUCAGAGGAUUGUUGCAAACCGCAACAAGUGGAAGGCUGCUGCCAGAAUCAAAUACAAGGAAUGGGCGCGGUUGAACAACAAAGCACUUGUUAUCAUCUACCACUUGUGUGAUAAGGUUCCUCAGAUGAUUAUUGCUGAGGAGGUGACUGCAAAGAGUGCUUGGGCACGUCUUUCAGAGGCCUACAAAUCUCAGGGCUUCCCUGCUGUCUACAAGCAAGUCUCAUUGACUCACACUGUCACGUAUCGAGACUGCAAUACUCUGAAGGAAUAUGUCAACAAGAUUAAACUUAAUCGUGCCAAUCUCGAUGCUCUCGGGCAUAGAUGGAAUGACGAUGUCUGGUCUGCGGUUCUCAUCAAGGGCCUCGGCGACUCUUUUGAAAUCCUCACAUCUUCUUUGCUAUCCGCUGACAAAGGGACUAGAUCCUUCGACGAUGUCAUUCAGUUGAUCCUUGACGAGGAGUUACAAAAGAAGAAUAUAACUACUACUGGCUCUAUUUUCAAAUCCCACGGGGGGAAAGGCAACAAUAACGGCAAUGGAAACAACUAUUCCUCUAAGUCUGUCGACCCUUCUAAAGACAAGUCCAACAAGAAGUGGGCUUGCAGGACUCAUGAAACCAAUAGCCAUACCUGGAAAGACUGUCGCCAGAAUCCCAAAAAUCAAAAUAAGUUCAAAGACUGCCAGCGAUAA